UGGGUUAUCGCCUAUUAAUGAGUCCAGCUGCGUACCAUUGUUUCGUUGAGUCUCAGUACACUACGAACGACCAUCGGCCAACCUUUAAAAUGGUUUAUUCCGUCCUUUUUGUCUUGGCAUUUGUAUCAUACCAUAAUGUUGUCAACGCCGAAGAAAUUAGUUUUAAAAUGUGCCCAAGUAAAAACCCAAGAUGUAAAAUUACCAAAGUGAACAUUGACCCAUGUCCUGAAGCGCUGGAAAACAGACCUUGCGAAGUUCCCCUGGGAAUAACGGCAUCUAUAACGCUUAACUAUAUUCCUGAUUUCAAUUCGACGGUGCCAAAAACAAGACUUUAUUCCGUCAAAUCGAUAUUAGACAUUCCGUUUCUAGGAAUGGACACAAACGCAUGCUUGUACACGGCUUGUCCCGUGCGAAGUGGCGUGCCGUCAAGGUACACGUUUCAGCUGCACGUAUCCACUUUGUACCCGAGGAACAGUUAUCUGGUCAAACUAAGACUGUGGGAUGACGACAGCAGGGCUUCCGAAGACGACGAAUGCUGUAUGACUUUUGAUCUUGCACUCGUGUAAACGCUACGCAAAGUCUGACACUAAUUUUAGUUACAAAAAUAUACUCCAUUAAAAAUUAUACCAAAUUAUAGUAUGUAAAUAUAAUACCUUAUGACAACA